AUGGCAGCGCCUGCGCCCGCCCCCACGGCAGGGCAUCGACGCCACAAGUCGGCCUCGGUCCUCAAGUCCAUCAUCGGCCAGCAUAAGCGCUCGCCGUCCGACGGUACUGCCCUCAAGGUCGCCCCCGUGACUGCGCCCGUAGCUGCGCCCUACAUUCCUAUGCCGUCUGCGACCAUGGAUGCGCCGCCGCUGUUGCCGCCCGACCACCCGCACAGCCAGCUAUGGAACGCCAGCAACGAGAUCGAGAACCUCCCCAUCCUCCCGCCCUCCCCGCGCAAGCAGCCGCAGGACCCCCGCAGCUCGAGCCCCAGAAAGGGCUUGCACAAGAAGACGCUCAGCUCCGUGUCGCUGCGCACACUCGGCAUAGACAAGGCAAAGGAGAAGCAAUCCGUCCAUCCCAGACGUCCGCAGGAGGAAGAACCCGUCUUCGAGAAGUCGAAGAAAACCAAGUCGUCAACCCACCUGGCCUCCAUGUUUGGCAAGAGCAAGUCCAAGAAGACAGCACACUCGCCGACCAAGGACAAGGAGAACACAGCUCCCUUCAGCUCAGCCGUUUCCUCGGAACCACCACGGACUCCCAUCUGGGCUCAAUUCAGCUCGCAGCCCCUGCAAGACAUCACGACCACCACGAAAGUCCCGCUCAACGACCAGCGCCGUAGCCUCGAAGACGACAUCGCCGUGUACACUCCGCAAAACUACUCGCCAUCAAAGCAGCGCGACUCCUUCGACAUUGGCCAACCCUCUCUUCAGAAGCGGCCUACGCCGAAAGAGCGACCAAAGUCCAUGCACGUACCUAAGACCAUGUCCACGGCCUCACUGCUAGACACAUUUUCGCGGAAGAAGAACGCCGAUCGCCCUCCGUUGAUAGACACGCACGGCAACGGAGAGAGGACACGAGACAGCUCGCCAUCGAAGAGCAAGCCUACAAGACCUGCGCUGGGACGCGCCAGCACAGAUACCGGAAGGCAGUUCAUGACGAUCGGAGCGAUGGAGCCUCCCCCGAGUCCAACGAAGAAGCCAAAUAGAGUCAUGGCAGCUGUUGCUGCAUUCAACGGCAAAGCAAAGCAGACAGACGCUGCACCGGCAUCGCCCACCAAGCUUGACCUGAAGGUGGUGGAUGCCGAGUUCGAGGAAGUUCUGGAAUCGCGAAACAUUCCCACACAUCAGCGUGCCGCGAUGCGGACGUUGAAAAUCGAAGUCAAAGCUGACUUUGUUCGAACGCACAAGCUCGACACACCACGGUUGUCCACGACCUCCAUUUCGUCUAUAGGGGAAGGCGAAGGCAAAGGCAUUUCCAAGCUAGGACCCAGUAAAUCCACCAAGUCGAGAAACGACUCUACGCAAGAAGAACAUCUAACGCUGCAGACAAGCAAAGCAGAUGGCACCAAGCGCGAGCGCCCGACAAGCAGGACGUUUACGUUCAACAGGAGUAACUCUCCAACCAAGAAACAGCGAGCCACGGAACUAGGCACAAACGCAAAGCCUAGUCCAAUCCCGAAAUCUCCAUCUUCUAGGUCUCUCAUCUCAGACGCGGCCUCGAACAGAUCCGUCUCCAACAGCUCCAAGACGGUCAAGUCCGCAGAGUUCAUCAACUACCUCAAGAAAACACCGAAGCCUCAGGAUGUCGAAGUAGGGAAGCUGCACAAGCUUCGUUUGUUACUGCGGAACGAGACAGUCGAUUGGGUAGACACGUUCAUCCAGGACGGCGGCAUGCUAGAGCUCGUCGGUCUUCUCCACCGAAUCAUGGAAAUCGAAUGGCGCGAAGACCACGAAGACACACUCCUUCACGAAUUACUCCGUUGUCUGAAAGGCUUAUGUACAACGGAUAGCGCCCUCAAACAACUCGCCAGUAUCUCCUCCACCCUAUAUCCAGCCCUCCUCGGUAUGCUCUUCGAUGAAGAGCACAAAGGGCCUAGCGAGUUCACUACCCGCGAGCUCAUGAUUCAGAUCAUCUUCGCUCACAUCGACAUGGCGCCCGAAUCCCAACUCCCUUCCCGCGCAACAGAACUCAUCGGCUACCUGCGCGACCCUGUCAAAGAAAAGGAAUCCUCCACGGUUCCCUUUAUCCUGCAAAUGCACACCUCCCGCCCUUACCAAGUCUGGUGCAAGGAAAUGACAAACGUCACGAAAGAGGUCUUUUGGAUCUUCAUCCACCACCUGAACGUCAUCCCUGUUCCCCCGGCGCCCUCGACAGACACGCCACCCAAAAGCUAUGCAAAGAUACACUUCCCCGGCCCCCGUGCAAUCGUCCCUGCGGCUCCUUACGUUGGCGGUGUGGAGUGGGACGCAACGAAUUACGUCGCCACACACAUUGAUCUUCUCAACGGACUGCUCGCAUCUUUGCCUACUCGGCAAGCUCGCAACGGACUCCGCGAAGAGCUCCGAAUUUCGGGCUUCGAGAAGCUCAUGGGCCACCUCCGGGCUUGUAAUCCCAAGUACUACGGCGCUGUGCACGACAGCAUCAAAGUCUGGGUCGGAGCAGCGCUCGAGGACGACUGGGAUGUCAAGGCUGUACGAAUGGGCAGUGGAGACAAGAACGGGAGCAGCAGUCCUGUGAAGAUGAGUCCGAAGAAGAAGGCAGAGCCAGCGCCGCAGAUCGACGUGCCCAAACUCGAUCUUGGGCUCGCGUUUGACAGAGAGAUUGAUAUUGGCGGACCUGUGGGUGGGCGCAAGGACGAUGCCUGGAUUUAA